GGCUGUCCUUUUUGUUCUCUUGUUUUCUACCUUCCAUAAAAACCAACUUUCUCUAUUUACUCCCCCUGCAUUUUCUUCAACACUUCUCUAUAUCAAACAUAAUAAUCAUGUCUGCCUAACUUUAUUUAUACAACAAUCCAAGUCACAUACACAAAUCUUGGGCAAGAUUUUAUUUUUCAGUUGGUCAAGAAAAUGUCAAGAAAUACUUGUAACAGGAAGCAAAGGUGGUGCACACAAGUGCCAUUGACACCACUUCUUGAAGGCCCAGAUGUGGAAAUGCAAGAGUAUUAUGAAGGUAACAAGAAGGAGAGUUCUUGGGAGAUCAUUAGGGAAUGGUUUAAAAUUCAGAAGAGUUCUGUUAGCCCAGAAGGUGGAAGUGGUAGAUUUAGCUCUCCCUCUUCUUCUUCAAAUUCUUUGGCAUUUGGGAAUGGUGGGAAUGGUGGUUAUUAUGUUAGUCCUGCAAAGAGACAUGAUUUGAGGCUUUUGCUUGGUGUUUUGGGAUGUCCUCUGGCUCCUAUUCCUUCUUUGAAUUUCAAGAAUGUGAAGCCUGAUCACAACCAUAUGAUCAAAGAUAACAUUCCAUGGGAGACAUCAACAGCAUAUUACAUAAUCCAACAAUACUUGGCUGCAUCAGGGUGUUUAAAAUCAUCGAAAAAUGGGGUGAAAAAGAAGAACAUGUAUGUGGCAGGGGUAGUGAAGAUGACAUGCUGUGAAACAGAGGUUUCUUCCGGGAAAGGAGUCAAGACAAUGGGGAGAAGUACAAGUAGUGGGAGUAGUAGCAAUGGGGAGAAUGUGAUGGGGUGUUUUGUUUUGUGGGAGAUGACUCCAGGGAUGUGGUCACUUGAAUUAGCAGUUGGUGGUAGCAAAGUUUUGGCAGGCAGUGAUGGCAAGAUUGUGUGGAGGCAUACUCCUUGGCUUGGGACUCAUGCUGCUAAAGGCCCUCAAAGACCCUUGCGCCGUCUCAUUCAGGGUCUUGAUCCAGAAAGCACUGCAAGUUUAUUCGCCAAUGCACAAUGCCUUGGCGAAAAACGAAUUGGGGACGAAGACUGCUUCGUCCUCAAAGUAGCCGCUGAUCGCGAGGCCGUUAUGGAAAGAAACGAGGGACCUGCCAAAGUGAUCAGGCACGUGUUAUACGGCUACUUUAGCCAAAAGAGCGGCCUUUUAGUCUACCUGGAAGACUCACACCUCACAAGAGUACAGGCACCACUAGAAGCCUCCCCUAAAAACAAUGCCAAUGAGGCCAUUUACUGGGAAACAACAAUUGGGAGCAGCAUUGGGGAUUAUAAGGAUGUGGAUGGCCUGUUGAUUGCUCAUCAGGGGCGGACCAUUGCAACCGUGUUUCGAUUCGAAGAGGAAUCAAUGCAGCAUAGCAGGACUAGAAUGGAAGAGAUUUGGAGGAUUGAUGAUGUUGUUUUUAACGUGCCUGGAUUGUCGUUUGAUUCUUUUAUCCCUCCUGCUGAUAUCUUCGAUAACUUGCCUUCGCCAUGAACUCAAUUUGUAGGAACAAUGUUGAAUCGGUUACGUGCUCAGUACACAAAUCUCCCGUAUCAUGUCAACUCUAAUUCUGUAGUACAUUUUCUUGGGAGUGUUGGGAAUAAUGUAUAUUUCAGCUUCUUGUCUCUGUGGAAUUGUGUUGGUAUAGCAAAAAAACUGAUCUUGUAUAAUUUCAAAUCUGUUGUUUAUUCCUAUACUCACAAUGACAGUUAUGUACU